AUGACCCAGGCGGAGCGCAGAGGCCUCCAGGCUACUGAGGCAGGCGCCCCGGAGAGGACAGAGCUGGGCAGAAGAGCACUGGCUCCCCCUGGAGUCUCAGGCCUUGUGAAGCUGGGGAUUCACUGUGUCACAUGCCAGAAGGUGGCCAUCAAAAUCGUCAACCGGGAAAAGCUCAGCGAGUCUGUGUUGAUGAAGGUGGAGCGAGAGAUCGCCAUCCUGAAGCUCAUCGAACACCCUCAUGUUCUCAAGCUGCACGACGUUUAUGAAAACAAAAAAUAUUUAUACCUGGUGCUAGAACAUGUGUCUGGUGGGGAGCUCUUCGACUACCUGGUCAAGAAGGGGAGGCUGACCCCCAAGGAGGCCCGCAAGUUCUUCCGGCAGAUCAUCUCCGCACUGGACUUCUGCCACAGCCACUCCAUCUGCCACAGGGACCUGAAACCAGAGAACCUCCUGCUGGACGAGAAGAACAACAUCCGCAUCGCGGACUUCGGCAUGGCGUCGCUGCAGGUGGGGGACAGCCUGCUGGAGACCAGCUGCGGGUCCCCCCACUAUGCCUGCCCCGAGGUGAUCCGGGGAGAGAAGUACGACGGGCGCAAGGCCGACGUGUGGAGCUGCGGGGUGAUCCUCUUCGCGUUGCUGNAGGGGGCGCUGCCCUUCGACGACGACAACCUGCGGCAGCUGCUGGAGAAGGUGAAGCGGGGCGUGUUCCACAUGCCGCACUUCAUCCCGCCCGACUGCCAGAGCCUGCUGCGCGGCAUGAUCGAGGUGGACGCGGCGCGGCGCCUCACGCUAGAGCACAUUCAGAAACACACAUGGUAUAUAGGCGGCAAGAACGAGCCGGAGCCGGAGCAGCCCAUCCCCCGGAAGGUGCAGAUCCGCUCGCUGCCCAGCCUGGAGGACAUUGACCCCGACGUGCUGGACAGCAUGCACUCGCUGGGCUGCUUCCGAGACCGAAACAAGCUGCUGCAGGACCUACUGUCGGAGGAGGAGAACCAGGAGAAGAUGAUCUACUUCCUCCUCCUGGACCGGAAAGAAAGGUACCCCAGCCACGAGGAUGAGGACCUGCCCCCCAGGAACGAAAUAGACCCUCCCCGGAAGCGUGUGGACUCCCCGAUGCUGAACCGGCACGGCAAACGGCGGCCGGAACGCAAGUCCAUGGAGGUGCUCAGCGUGACGGAUGGUGGCUCUCCGGUGCCCGCUCGGCGCGCCAUUGAGAUGGCCCAGCACAGCCAGAGUAAAGCAAUGUUCAGUAAAAGCCUGGAUAUCGCUGAAGCCCACCCCCAAUUCAGCAAAGAAGACAGGUCCAGAUCCAUCAGCGGCGCCUCCUCAGGCCUCUCCACCAGCCCACUCAGCAGCCCUCGGGUGACCCCUCACCCCUCUCCAAGGGGCAGUCCCCUCCCCACCCCCAAGGGGACGCCCGUGCACACGCCCAAGGAGAGUCCGGCAGGCACACCCAACCCCACACCGCCGUCCAGCCCCAGCGUCGGAGGGGUGCCCUGGAGGACAAGGCUCAACUCCAUCAAGAAUAGCUUCCUGGGGUCACCUCGCUUCCACCGCCGGAAACUGCAAGUCCCGACGCCGGAGGAGAUGUCCAACCUGACCCCAGAGUCCUCCCCAGACUUGGCCAAGAAGUCCUGGUUCGGGAACUUCAUCAGCCUGGAGAAGGAGGAGCAGAUCUUCGUGGUCAUCAAGGACAAGCCCCUGAGCUCCAUCAAAGCCGACAUCGUCCACGCCUUCCUGUCGAUCCCCAGCCUCAGCCACAGCGUCAUCUCCCAGACCAGCUUCCGGGCCGAGUACAAGGCGACGGGGGGCCCGGCCGUGUUCCAGAAGCCGGUCAAGUUCCAGGUGGACAUCACCUACACGGAGGGCGGCGCGGCGCAGAAGGAGCACGGCAUCUACUACACCACUAACUGUGUGGAGAUGAUGACGGGGAGACUUUCCAAGUGUGGCAGCCCAUUGAGUAACUUCUUUGACGUAAUUAAACAACUUUUUUCAGACGAGAAGACCGGGCAGGCGGCCCCGGCCCCCAGCACGCCCGCCAAGCGGAGUGCCCACAGUCCACCCGGUGACUCGGUGGCCGCUGGCCCUGGCCCUGGAGGGGACGCCGAGCACCCAACGGGCAAGGACACGGCCAAGACGGGGCCACCCGCCGCCCGCCGCGAGCAGCCUUAG